UACGGACUGCGUGGUCACAGAGAACCUUAUCUUCUGGGAUACUCCUGAUUGUCUACUUCUUUCAUAACCUGGUCAAUAGCAGCGAGCUCAGUUUUCUCCUUCGCCUGCAGGUGAACGCAGCACGGCUACUGGCACGUAGCUGACUCGAGAAAAUGCGUACUCGCUCACAGCCCGUAUCGCCCGGUGGCUUUGUGUCACUCGAUACGGCUCGCGCUCCUCGUCGUAAGAGGACGACUACAACUACUGCGUCGAGCACCACAAAGGCCGAGAAGAGCGCCCCGAAACAGCAGACGAAGAAGACGACUACUACCAAGCGAACCCGGAAAACAACUGCAUCGCAGAAGAAAACUUCAAAGAAGGCCGAACCAACUAGUUCUGAAGAACCCCAGAGCACAAAUGAAGAGGAAACACAGACAGAAACUCAGGUGUCAGUUAUCGUCCAGCAGCCGACAACUGAGACUACAGAGAAUACAGAGAAUACACAGAAUACAGAGAAUACACAGAAUACAGAGAAUACACAGAAUACAGAGAGUGAGCACCCUUUUUCUUCUUGUCACCCUUCUACCACCCAGGGAACCCAAGAGACCCAGGAAUCUAGCCCACAGCGACCUCUACUUGAGGCAGACAGACCCAGUCAGGAAACCCCUUCCACUCCUGUCCGUUAUACUGGCCCCGAAGGAAAUCACACUUCUAUCCUGGAACCUCCUAGUGCUUCUUCUAUCGACACGCCUUCUGCUGGAGCUGCUUUGUAUGCCGCUGCCCAUGCAGCUAUCUAUGCUGCGUCGCCUUUUGAAUCAAGACUUGCAGAUACCCAGGUUACUCCUACUACACAUGUGUCUACAACAGUUGCCUCUCCAACCGCAGGACUAUCUCCAGACGUCUCUCUUGCCCCCUUUUCUGAACAGCGUACCCCAACUGCUACACGGACUGAUCACCAUGACUCUUCUGUUUUGGCUUCACCAUCCCUGCCUGCGCAUGUCGCCACUGAAUUGGCUCAAAACACUUCUCCUGUUGACACCGAAAUGUCCGAUGCCCCGUCUUUGGAACGUCGUUCUCGGUUCUGGCAUCCCACUUUUCUUUCCCCUAUUCUAGAAGAGCAAGAGUCGAGUCCAGCUGCUUCACGGAGUCCGCACGUCACCUUGCGGUCUGCAAUCUCCGAGGCUCAGGAUUACCGUUCUUCCGUCUCAUCUCCCGCUGUUGAUUUGCCAUUCACCCCAGUGAGAGCUCUGGCUAGACCAGUCUCUCGUCUGGGUCAUAGAGAGGAUGUCUUUCUGUCAAGUUGCCCUGCUGUUGACUCUCCUUUUACACCGAUGAGGGCUGCCGCCUUGGCUAGACCAGUCUCUCGUCUGGAUCAUAGGGCAGAUACCUUCCCACCGAGUUCACCGCACACCCCGUUACGCACACCCAUUGUCUCGAGAGCGUCUGGAUAUAGUGUUUCUCCCGCAGCAUUCUCUUUUUCGUCUUCAUCCCCUCUUUCUUCCCCUCCUGAGAACCUAUCGCCUGUGCCGCUAAGCACACUCGGGAGUCAUCAAACUUCUGCUACCCAGACUACCCCUGGUUUGCUCCGUCGUCAUCAAACCCAAUAUACCCAUCAUGGAUAUCUUAACCAGUGUCAUUGUUGUGGCGCAACCCUGCGAUGCCCUAAUGGACACCCGCCUGGAAAUUCCCAGUCUCGAGACCCUGGAUCUUCCCGCAACAAAGCGCUAACAAAGCGAGUAGCACCCAUUAGGAAACGUACCCGCGAUAAUUCGUCCGAUGAUGAAGCGUCCGAUAUCAUCACCCCUUCGAAUAAGCGCCGCAACACGGGGCCUCCCGGGAGCACCCCUUUCGCGCGACGGUCUACACCUCUCUCUAGCCGACUUAUCAACAGGGCUAUCCCGUUCUCCGAACAACGCCGGCGUCGACUGCUCGAGCAACAAGGGCGCAUCGACAAGACCCUCUUCCGCCUUCCCCAGCUUAUUUCUCAAGCUGAAUCUGAUCGUCAGGCCUCGAAUGAGCCCGAAAUUGCUCCAUGCGAACUGUCUCCGCUGGUUAGACACGUUGACGCAAACAAGGAGAACCAAGGGUCUGAACCUGAUAGCCAACAGCCUUCAACUCCCGAGAACCCCCGGAGAGGUUGGGGCCUUAGUGGACUCUUCAGCUCUGUACCUCGCUCUUUCUCAAGGAUCCUUCCUACAUUGGGCCUUUCUCCGGAGCGGCCUGAAUCUUCUGGUACUACAGCGCCUGCUUCGGAACGCAUCAGUCGUACGGCAGCUACUAGCCCCGUCUCAGCCCUAUCCUUCGGCGUCACGGGUAAAACGGCAACAGCUAAUAAAAAGCCGAAGGAGUCAAGCCCUCACGAUCUCUCGUAUUCUUUGUUCCCGGCCCCGAUCGAUAGAAGCCGAUAUCUACCAGUGCGCUCCGACUCACGGGUCGAUACAAAGCGGAGGAAGCUGAGUGACGGAAAGAAACUCGUGGUUGAGCAAUCCGGAGCUUCAACCACUCCCGAGCCAGCCCAAAAGGAACCAGAUGCAGAUGCAGAUGCUAAGGAUGGCGGAAAGAAGCGCAAGCGUCCUUCCACCUCUCCUGACGUGAUCCCUAACCCUCCCGGGACCAGCUAUGGACUGGACUUAGACUAUUUUACCUACGGCAGCGAAAGCGAAGAGGAGAGCGAAGAAGCCCAGCGCACGACGACUAUUCCUGAUACGCGCCCGGUUCGUAGCAUUCUUCGGCCUCAGCGACCGCCACCCAAGCGUGUCCGCUUCGAUACUAGUCCAGAGAAUACUCCUUCCAAGCUUCGUCUUCGUGCCACGGAUUCCUACACCGGUCAACAGUUUGUGGGCGUUCCUGACCUCUUUGCUCCUCGAGACAACGCCACUCGUCAAGCUGCUGUUCCUCAUCCAGACACCGCAACGACGGCUGCUACAGUUCCUGUCAGUCAAACUACCGUUGAACAACCCACCCAGCGCUCCCCAGGCUUCAUCCCGAACCAGUCUGGGACGUUCCGCCUUGACUACGACGCGUUUUCCAGCGACAGUGAGUCGGGUGGAGAACCCACCCCCGCGCCCUUGACGCCACAAGCCCAGCCGCCUGCGUCUCGAGAGGAGACAGAAGAGUCACGCCCCCCGGCGUGGACUCAACCUCCACCACCUCGCCCGACUCCGGCACAUGCUGCACUCCCGUCGACGACCGAACCGGCAGUCGACAAUCAUGCCCUCGCAAAGGCCCGUUCCCAGGCUGAAAAGUACAAGCCAAAGACCCCCUCGGGGCUUCGUACCGCGAGUCGUUAUGCCAGCCCAAUGGGCGCUUCACCUUUGGGUGAAAUUUCUGCUGGAGAUGACGACUUCGCUCGUGAUGCGCAGUGGCUUCUUUCUAACUGCCCGUCUGGGGACCUCAACCAACUCUCUUGGCCGAAGCAGGGAGCUCUGGUCGAGAGCUUGGGCGUCGACCCGGAAGCUGGUCGACUUCUUGCCCAGCUCUGGGACGAAGAGGAGGUGGAGGAAGGCUACGGCGCCUUCACCCGUAGCCUCGGGGAGUUCGCAGAGACCCUGGCGUAAGCCAGCUGGGCUCUGUGGCUCCUUAGAGCCAACAUAAUUCGA